UCCGUCGAUAUCGCAAAGUAGGAUGGCUUCUAAUGCUGCUAAAGCCUUGAACAAACUACGUAUUGUUAACAUUCCGUGGACAGUUGGGGAUCAUCAGCUGAAACAAUACUUCUCGCAAUUUGGCCACAUAGCCAAGGCCAAAGUGGUGUUCGACAAGAGAACAGGCUUGAGCAAGAACAUUGGUUACUUGGAAAUUCCUGAUAAUGAGACUUACCACUCCAUUCUGAAUAAGCCGAAUCAUCAUCUUGAGGGCUUUGAUCUGCAUAUUAAACAUUACUGGGAAUCCAAUGACCAAUAAUUGAACAAUAAU